GUUUCAUCUUGUCAGAGAAAAAAGAAAGAAAAGAAAAAAAAAGAAAUAGAGAAUUCUAGCUCUAGUUCUUCUCUCUAGUCAAAGAAGCAAUUGUGUGCUAAGCUGCAAUCUGAAAAAUGGGAGUGCAAGAAACAGACCCUCUUGCCCAGCUAAGCUUGCCACCGGGUUUUCGGUUUCACCCGACUGAUGAAGAGCUAUUAGUGCAAUAUUUAUGCAGGAAAGUUGCUGGUCACCAUUUCUCGCUGCAGAUCAUUGGUGAAAUUGAUUUAUACAAGUUUGAUCCAUGGGUCUUACCAAGCAAGGCGAUAUUUGGUGAAAAAGAAUGGUACUUCUUUAGUCCUAGAGACCGUAAGUACCCAAAUGGAUCCCGACCCAAUAGGGUUGCCGGGUCUGGGUAUUGGAAGGCCACUGGUACUGAUAAAAUUAUCACGACAGACGGACGUAAAGUAGGCAUCAAGAAAGCUCUCGUCUUUUACAUUGGCAAGGCCCCAAAAGGAACCAAAACUAAUUGGAUCAUGCAUGAAUACCGCCUUAUUGAAUCCUCUCGCAAACAUGGAAGCACGAAGUUGGACGAGUGGGUAUUGUGUCGGAUUUAUAAGAAGAAAUCAAUUGCUGCACAGAAAUCCAUGUCAGGUGUUUCAAGCAAGGAACCUAGUACUAGUAGUCCAUCUUCAUCAUUCUCUUCCCAUUUCGAUGAUGAUGUCCUUGACACGUUGCCGGAGAUUGACGACCGCUUCCUUGACUUGCCUCGAACCAGCUCACUCAAACCAAGGCAACAUGAAGAGAAAAUCAACUUGGCCACUCUGGGCUCAGGGAAUUUUGAUUGGGCGACUCUUGCUGGGUUCAACUCGGUGCCUCAACUCGUUCAAACACGGCCUGGUGUGAGUUACUCGAACAGUAAUGUUCAUGAUGUGUAUGUUCCUUCAAUGUCCCAACUAUGCCACAUGAAUUCAUCCACGGAGAGGAUGGAAAACUUGGUUGAAGAGGAGGUUCAAAGUGGAGUUAGAACUCGGCUAGAUAGUGUUGGUAACCCAGUGUUUUUCCAACAAAACUCGAGCGUGAGGCCACAGAGCUUCUCUAACUCAUUUGACCCGUAUGGGUCAAGGCACUCGAUCCAACCGGGUAGUGGGUUCGGGUUUAGUCAGUAAGAAAAUGUUAGGGAAGGAUUAGGAGUACAUUUCUGUAAAGAAACGUACAAAGGGAUGCAUUUAUGUAAAUAUUUGGAUUCUUUGGGGGCUACUUUUGAGUUUAGAUUCCAAAAGACAGAAGAAGCUAGGGCGCUGCUUUGUUCAAAAGGCAAGGGAAAAUUGCCUUCCCUUUUGGGCUGCUAGAGGAUUAGACGCCAUGUACACGAAAAAACUUAAUAGUAUUUUGCAGCACAAUUUUCUUUGAACAAUGAAUUACAAACAUUGCGAUA